UCUUGGCAGAGCCGGGGACCUGCAUCUCAAUCAGCAUCGCCACGAAUUCAAUUCCCAUCCAACCCCACCUCCCCGACCCUGGGAACUCGUCCGGAACGAUCCAGCUUUACCUUCGCCAUUCCCAUGGUAUUAAAUCCCCUUCUUCGCCAACAGCCAUCCUAAGCUGUGCGCGUGGGCGCCAGCGUCGCAGACUUCCCCGUUUCGUAACCGCCUACCACCAUCAAAUGCAGCUUCCGCAGCCCCCAAAGCUGGCGCCUCCGCGGUCGAGGCCGCUCGUUCUCAACAUUGCUUUCUCAUUCUUCAUCGCGUUGUGGAUCUGCUUGCAACCGUAUCACUUGGUGCAUGCCACGGAAAUUCCAGUGCCCCCUGAGUACGCUCCCCACAACGAGAUCGAUCAGACCCUGCCGCAUGCGCCUCCCCAAGCGCCAUUAAUAGAUACAAAUGGACCCGCGAUCCAGGAGAGAGGGCUUGAAGAAGCAGGAUACGCGCCAGAAUUCACAUAUUUUGACAGGAGUUUAAUAGGAAGACAAGAGGCCGAAGUGGUGAAACUGGAAAACAACAAAAAUAAAACCGGGGAGUUGGCACCGAAAGCGUCGAGUUUUUUCGUAUUCGAGAAAGGUACGGGAGCUAGGAAAAGAGAAGCGAGCGUCUUGACGGGUCCAUCAUCGAAUCCACCUGGUAUGAAAAACACGUCUGGGGGCAGCGUUUCUGAGGAUACCCUUGAGGGAGCAGAUUUGGACCAUGAAGAUGAAUUUGAAGGGACCUCGUCUCAAGAUUCUCUGGGCAGAAGGCAAGCUGCAGGAAGAAAUAUAUGGAUCUCAGCAAAUACGUGCAAGCAACCUGGUAUAACGGCUAAAAUCUCCGAGAAUGGUCCACCGCAACUGAGUCUAUACGUCUCUUCUUCAGAGCAGAAGCCUGGCCCGGAUACCCCAAGAGAAAGACUGAUUGCAGAUCCUAUCCAGUUCGAAGGAGGGUUCGCCAACUUCACGACCCAAACCGACGAGGACUUGUUCGUAGGGGUAGCCGCUCCUGAACUUGUUCCGGGCUUCGAAGGCAGUUGGUCUUUCGAAGUUGCUGCGAGCCUGGACGGAUAUUAUCAUAACUACCUCGCUAGGGAUUAUCUAUACAUGGUCGAUACGGACAGCGACUCUGCUGUUUUUGUCACAGUCAACUUGAGUCAAUCCAACAACACCGACGAGUUCAACAAAAUAAAGGACAACAUGCCAUUCACAAUGUAUACCUUCUCCACCAAGAAUGCGACCCAACACUGGGGACUGGAGCAUUCAUACUGCGGACUCCAAAACCUUUUCAACUCUGCAAACAACAUAUCGGUCAAUACCACUUUUACUACCAAAUUUGGCGGUGGACAGCCCAAAGCACAAUUCAACGUCCAAGGCCUCGAGACGAACGCACAAUACACCGGCUUCCUUGCCGUCGGAGGCGGUGAUGGGGACCUUCAGCUUCCUCUCUGGGCUCCCAAUAACAUUGACGUCGAAAGCUUCUCUACUGUCCGACAGGGCGGCCAGGUGUUCGCCAUGUGGAAUUGGACGACCAAAGCUGGUAAAUAUCUUCCGACCUCUCUAUUAAUCGGUCUCUUCUUCUACCAAAUACAUGUCGCUUCUUACCAUAACACGAUCUUGUACUGACAAUGUACACUCUAGAUGAUUCAUGUCAAGUCAUUUCCGACCUGCCCUUCUGCGACAAAGUUGCCUAUGCCGUACCAUCCUCCGCAAAAUACAAAACCGACGACUCAGGUCUAAUGGCUCUGUACGAUGACCUCGCC